AUGAACAGUACAGUCUUCGACGCCUCGACGUGGGACGCUUCUCUCGGUCCCUUGAAUCUCUCUGGCCAAGCAAGUUAUAUAAGCGAUAGGAUCACACUCGAAGGUCCUGGAGAAGGUAACCCGUUCCUUGACUUCACUGCCAAUGCUGUUGAUCAAGGCAUCAACGUCAACUUUCCAUCACGAACUACAUGGUAUACAAUGGAUGCAGGAUUCUUCUCACUGUAUGGCGCAGGAAGGCACAUUGAUUACACGUCGGUCAAUGGCAGUGAAAUUUCACUUAACACCACAUUGCCCUUGGCGUAUGCGCAGGAUGCCAUUCCAUCUCUAUUCUACAGUCUUCAUAUCGGUUCAGCUUCUGCUUCAGUUUCAGUGCCCGGGAGUCUUGUUCUCGGAGGAUACGACAGAUCCAGAUGUCUCACAAAUCCAAUAAUAUCGGAUACGGACGUUUUUGAUCUGACUGAUAUUGGCUUGGGUGUUGCCAGCGGAGACUCUCCGUUCCCGAAAGAUCAGCAGCUUCCAGCACGUAGGCUUCUCCAAAAUGAUGGAGCCAGCAGCAUCAGAGCAUAUCCCAAUCCAGGUGUGCCAUAUCUAUAUCUACCCCAGGAGACUUGCGAUGCAAUCACAGCGCAUCUCCCGGUGGAGUUCAACAAAACUCUGGGCCUUUACACCUGGAACACAUCGGCACCUUCUUAUCAGGACAUCAUGACUUCAACCUCGUAUCUCUCCUUUGACCUCAGGUUUGGAGCAUCGACAAGUACAAUAUAUCUGCCAUUCGCUUUGUUGAAUCUCACCCUCGAGUGGCCCCUCGUCGAGCUUCCAACACAAUACUUUCCUUGCUCGCCGUAUCGAUCCUCUGAUGGCAAAUUUCAUCUUGGCCGCGCCUUUCUCCAAGGAGCUUUUAUGGCGCAGAAUUGGCAAACAGGGAAGCUGAUGCUCGCUCAGGCACCUGGACCAGAUAUGGCAGAUACUUCUCUAGCCACAAUAUCUGCUAAUGAUACUUCGGUUUCCUCUAUGAUCAAGGCUCCAUCGUGGGAUUCCACUUGGGCUUCGAAGCUAAAGCCAUUUCGUCGCAACGGAACCUCAGCUUUGGGACACAUCCACGAUACGACUACUGGUUUGUCGCCAGGAGCGAAAGCAGGCAUUGCUGUUGCUGUGCUAGCUAUGGUAGGAUUUAUUAUUGGAGUAUCUUGGGUCUGGUUUCGACGAGUCAAGACAAGGGUGGCCCAAAUUGAAGAUGAAAAGGGCAUGUCAGAACAUGUGGAGGUUGCCAAGAGUGAAUUCACAGCAUCAUCGCAACUCUGCGAGGUAUGGGCACCUGGAAAGCAUGGGCUAACAGUAGAUCCCGUCGAGAUGGAUUCCGCUGGUAUCAAUGAACUUCAUGGCACAUCGAUUGAUGUAAGUAAGGUGAGUGAGACUCGGAUAUGA